CAGGAAGAGUCAUCCUGCCUCAUGUCGGACUCCUAACUUUAACCCCCCUGGAUAAACACACAUUCCUUCCUUUUCCUUUUUUUACCACCCUUCUCUGCCACUCAUACCGGUUGUUCCCUUCGCAGUAGUCUGUGUUUGAUCCACACCUGUCAGUUUCGGCCCCUCAAUAGUACGAACCAUGGCCGAGUGGAGUCCCAACUCGUGGACUAAAAAACCGAUUAAGCAAGAUGUUAUCUAUGAGGAUGCAGAUGGGGUUCAGGCGGCUCUUACCAAGUUGCAGAAGCUGCCCCCGCUGGUCACUCCAAAGGAGGUGAUGAAUCUGCGAAGAUAUUUGCGCAAUGUUGCCCUCGGCAAGGCGUUUCUUCUCCAAGGAGGGGACUGCGCUGAGCUAUUUGACUACUGCGACCAGGAAAUGAUCGAGGCAAAGGUCAAGUUAUUGUUGCAGAUGAGCCUGGUGCUGAUCUGGGGUGCAAAUAAGCCUGUCGUGCGGAUUGCACGUAUCGCCGGUCAAUUCGCUAAGCCUCGAUCGAGCCCGACCGAGGUGGUGAACGGCGUGGAAAUGCCCUCCUUCCGCGGAGACAACAUCAACGGGUUCGCUGCAACCCCGGAGUCUCGCAGACCUGAUCCCUCGCGCCUAGUCUCUGCGUAUUUCCAUUCCGCAGCCACUCUCAACUACCUCCGAGCUGCGCUGUCGUCGGGUAUUGCAGACCUGCACUCACCACUAGACUGGGGGCUUGGCCAUGUCAUCACCCCCGCCAUCAAGGAGAACUACGAGCGCAUUGUCAACCGGGUCCAGGACGCACUUCGAUUCAUGCAUACUGUCGGCAUCGACACGGACCGUGGGGUUGAAACGGUUGAGGUAUUCACCAGCCAUGAAGGCUUAUCAUUAGAAUACGAACAGAGCUUGACCCGUCUGCUCCGCCACCCGGCUGUCCCAACCGCAGCGGCGGGAUCAUCCUCCUCCACCACCCCCAAAGAAGGCUACUACGCCACGUCCGGGCACUUCCUCUGGAUCGGCGAUCGCACCCGCCAACUCGACGGCGCCCAUGUCGAAUUCUUCCGCGGCAUCACUAACCCGAUCGGCAUCAAGGUUGGCCCCAGCAUGACGGCCGACGAGCUCGUCCGCAUCCUCGACGUGGUCAAUCCGGCCCGCGAGAUCGGCAAAGUCACCCUAAUCUCACGCUACGGCGCGGCCAAGAUUGCGCAGCACCUGCCUGCACAUAUCGCCGCCGUGCAGGGAUCGGGCCAUAUUCCCGUCUGGCAGUGCGAUCCCAUGCAUGGCAACACGCAGUCAACCCCCACGGGUGUCAAGACCCGCCACUUCAGCGACAUCCUCUCCGAGCUGAAGCAAGCGCUUGAGAUCCAUCGCGCCGCCGGCUCCUUCCUUGGCGGCAUGCACCUCGAACUCACCGGCGAGGCCGUCACCGAGUGCGUCGGCGGGGCUGGCGGGCUGACUGAGGAUGGCCUGGGCGAGCGUUAUACCACCUUCUGCGAUCCACGCCUGAAUGAAAAGCAGGCGCUCGAGCUGGCCUUCCUUGUGGCCGGAUUUUACCGCGAGGAUAUCGAUAGAUCGAACGAUUAAUACAGUGUUUUCUUGGAAGUUGGUCAAAUACAUGUGACGCUUUUCAGCUUUUCAAAAAAGGAUUUUUUUUUUCAUUUGGUAUACUAAUAAUCCCACUCAUCUCACAAAUCAAGAAGAUCUAUAGAUAUGUCGCCCUGUACUCUACCUUUUUCCUGAUAAACCAUUUU